ACGAAGGAAGGUAGAUGAAGGGAAGAUGAAAUGAAAGGAAGGCAGAGAGGAAAGGAGAAAAGGAAGGGAAGGAAGGAAGGAAAAAGGAGAAGGAGAAGUGAAGGGAAGGCAAUUUCCGAUUUGUUCUUUUAGGGUAUCUUGUAAAGAAGAAACAGGAUUUUAGGGACACCACCAUCCGGUGACACAACUUUCCACUUAAAACAAAGCACCCCUGAGUUUUCUCCUUAAAAGGGCAAAAAAAGGAAAAAGAAAAGAGGGUUUAACCCAACGCAGCCAAUCGACGUGCUCAGGAGAUGGCAAAGUGGUUUCCGCUGAAGAUCAGAGACAAUUUCGGGGUGUCAGGAUUGGCAGGUUAGCGGGAAGGUCCCUCCCAGCAAAGAUGCUUCACAGCCCUGGAGGGAAAAUGUUUAAACUACUUAAAAAUGCUCGUUGAGCUCCCUGAGUCCUUCAACCAAGAGAUCUCCCUCCAUCUGCCAUCGGUGAGCCGGGUGACUUCCUUUGAAAGGGUACGGAUUUUGCUACUGCUCUGGAACACAUGGACCAUGGAAUUCGGGAUAACCCCUUGCAGUUUUCUCGCCGGUAUCGCUACGCCCGAGAAAAAAUGCCGUAUUAUUCCUAUCAUUGUAAGCCGAUAGGUCCCCCGCUACCAAUGUUCGUUAAAAAAAGACUUCCAAAAUAUGGAUCCCAAUAUAUCCCACUCUACGGGACGAAGUUGAUUUCCUCCAGAAAUAUCCCACUCUACAGACGUGGGAUGUGGGUGACGCCAUACUUGCCGGCCCGCGUAGCUGGGUAUCAACCCCGGACCACCCCUGCGGAGCUCGACGCGUGCGCGAGCAAGUUCUCCAAACCGAGAACAACCAGGAAUCCGGUGAGGCCAUACGAAGAGGACUUUCAAUACCAAAUUCAGAGUACGGCUGGAUACGACGGCACCACGAAAGGCCCACACGGCCCCAUCCACAAAGGUUCGUUGCCUUGUGUGAUUCCUGAGCGUGUCCCUCGGAUGACCAAAGGUCCAGUUCUCUAUUCUUCCAGAGAUCUUCACCUGGGCUUACCCCAGGUCCCACAUGUCUCCAGACGACCAACCUUCUACGCAUCUCAGGAUCCGUUGCUUUGCUCGAGUAAGGAAGAGCUAUCCCAGCGGACCAAAAGACCCACGCAGUAUCCCUCAAAGCUCACUCAAGGAAACCGAGUCAGGGAUUCAGCUCUCCCCGUGGUCAAUGACCCACCGCAACCUGAGGCCAAGACUUCCUCCCAACCAAAGGCCACCAAAGGUUCGCGGGUCAUCGCCACGAAGGUCCCACGGGCCAACUUCCUCACUCUUUCGCGUUCGUUCAUCAAGAGAGGGGCCCGUUCUUUGCUCACAAAAACCUCCCAAGCUCAUUUCUUCAGGGGCUCGCGGGCUUCUCUGGUCAAACCUUCUCGGACCUCCUUGGCCAAGGGAUCUCAGCCCAGCCUUGCCCAUACGGCCAUCUUCCCAGCCCCCCAAAACCUGUCCAAAACGGUGAAAAUUUCAAGCAACGGGAAGAAAUAUUGCUCGGCCAUUAACUGGCCGUUUUGAACGUGAGGAAGAGACCUACCUCCAAGAGGUGUAUCUCAACCCGGUUUAAAAAAAAAAAAAAGCAGAGGGGAUUUUCUCUCUCCAAAGAAACAUUUGACAUUCUCCAAAAUCUCAAUGUACAAAACUGGAAGGCAGUUCUCUUUUGAUAUGGGCACUUCCUGGAAUUUUGUGACACGGUUUGUUCACUGCACAGUGUUACGCUGGGUGUGCAAACCUCCGGUGUACGUGAGUGGAAAAAAAAAGAGAGAGAGAAUCUCUCCAAACCAACAUCGGUGACAGAAAACUGCCAAUCAAAUAAACUCGCCUUUCCAUGCCGUUUGCAAGCAAAUCUCCGCCGAGGUUUAUUUUGCGAGUCAAAAUUCCAUUCCUACGUAUUUUCCAUUUUUUUCCAUUUAUUCAGGAGAGGCCUUUAGCAUUGACCUGUGAUUCCUGUGUGAGUGUGUAGAAAAAUGUAAGAUUGAGGGACUUAAAAUUAGCCAACUGUUGGAAAAGUUUCCAAGGUUUUUGUUGAAUACAGGAGCAAUGGUCUAAAACUUAUGAAGGAAAAGAAAAAUUGGAAAAAGAGAGAAGAUAUAUAAUUUGUUGUUUCUUCUCCUUCUCCUUCUCCUUCUCCUUCUCC